AUGGUAGUGGCUCAGAGGAGGUGGCUCCCCUCUGUUGGUCCAAACAACGCGGUUGUUGACGUUGCAAGCACCCGAAGACCCCCAGGCCGUGUCACGUCGCCCUCUCGCUACCCAGAAUUGCUGGUUAAUUUUGACCCCCAAAACGAUAGCCCACUGGCCCCACCUCUAGCUAUCCUCACCUGUUCCAUCGGUGACCAGCUGCAGAACAACCACGUGGCCAUUAACAAACUCCUACGUGAACGGCGUGAGCGAGCCUCCCUAGUGGAAUCGGCCAUUGGUCCUUCUGGCCGAAAAUUCUACUGGCAGAAUGUGAAAUAUGAUGCCCUGAACAUCUAUCCAACGAUUCCAAGGGCUCUGGUUCGUGGUAAACUUCAAUACACUAGACCCCCAACGUCAGAAGAGAUCGCCAUGGCCAGUGAUACUGUCCAAACAUUCCGCCUCUUGAAGACCGGUUGCAAUAUCGUACGAGACCCUCAAGAUCCCAAAUCAAUCAUUGCAAUUAUCGAAUUCACCAAAUUCUCCGAUCUCACGGAAGCGGAUAGAGAAGAGCUCAACUUUGUGUCCACCUUUCUCCGCAAGACCACCCGAUUUAUCAGCAACGUCAAGUCUAAACAACGCGCAUGGGGUGGGAAGAUGUGGGGGAUUGGUUGGAGGAAAUCCUCAGAUGAAGACCAGAUCGCCGGAAGAUACAUCAAGGCGUUCGAGGCUGUGCAUGCUCAAGCCUACCAUGAUCUAUUCUCACUAUCUGGUCGAGUAGGUCAAAUUGUUGGUCAAAAUUUCAAAAAGCUGGCGGAGAUCCCUUUCGGCUCAAAUCGUGACCUCAUGGCUGAACAUGGCCUUCCAUCCUUGGCGGCUUUGGAAUAUGGCGAAGACCUCACAGAAUCCGAUUGUGCACCUCACCUCACCUUCACUACCGAUGGAUUCUUCAACCCACCUCAUACUGACGACGAGGACGUCUCAAAAUACGCUUUUGUCAUGUUCCUUCCAACUCACACCAAGGAUGGCUCUUUGGCCACCGAUGAAGACUCCUACGAUAUUACGUCUGGUCCCUUCAUUUUUCCUGACCACAAGUUUGGCAUCAACUUUGAUCACCAAUUCGGUGUGGUCAAGAUGAUAUGGCAGGCUAAUUCAUACAAGCACUGUACCAUGCCAUCCUCUCAUAGCUCCCGAUUUACCCACCUGGGUAUGUCUGUACAAAUCAAUUUAGGAUUGAAGAAUGCAUGUGUUGCGUACCAACAAGGCAAAUACAACAGUGUGGCCAACUACUUUGGAGAUCAUUUCUUUUACUUAUACCGUAGUUGUCUUCAUUUAUCGCUUGUUAUAUUUGCUCUUCUCACAUGA